AUGGCGCAGCAUGCCAGCGCCUCACGUUCUACGACAGCUACUAACGUGGCCAAUGCAUCAUUGAGUCACCGCGCUACUGGAGAUGAUGAAGCGGGCUACAAGCGUGCCUACAAGGCUUGCGAAGCUUGUCGCAAGCACAAAGCGAGGUGUGAGACCACUUCAGAUGCUUCGGAGUGUACUCGCUGCCGCCGAGAGCGCCGCCCGUGUGUGUUUCCACUGGAGAGAUCGAACAAGAGAGUCAAGACUACGGAUGGCGAGCAACGUGAGGGAACAGCCUCAACACGGUCUACGGCGGAAAGUACGUCUUUUGAGGCAUUUUCAGGUCGACCGUUGGCUGGAAAGGCACCGUCACCACGUUAUCUGCAUGACCAUCAUGCAUCCGAAAAAGCAGCCGCCACGAAUGCCAUACUGCCAAACUUAACCAUCGACCGGUAUAAUCGAGGCGUUAAUGACGCUUCCAACGAUAAUCUUGCCGCGACCUUCCCAGAUCAAUCAGCGGCAGAGAGAGAAUCAGCGUCAUACCUGCCCCGUGCUCCUUCCACAGCCUGCGCCGUGCCAUCGGAUCCAUCUUCUAGUUUACACAACGACGUGGUUCGCACGACACUGGUAACCUCUUCGAGCGACGCUGUAGGCCUCUUGUUCAGUGCAGCUGUACAUCCGGACUCCUCAGAUCCGGAGGACGAUGGGCAGCCGGAAAGGCACACACGCCAGCAACGCUCAGAAGAUACAUCCACCCAAGCAAACUCCGAGCUGCAUCUACCCGGCCAUCUUCAACCGGAUACGCUGUUAUUGUGGGAGAAACUCCGCUUCGUUCGUCAGGGCUGGUUCACGGCACCGGAGGCGGUGUCGUAUUUAGAGUUCUUCUUCAAGCAUCUUGCACCAUUGACUCCAAUCACGGAUACCCUCUCUGCCGAUCAGGACACGCACAAGCUUCUCAUCCUCCAUGAGCCACUGCUUUGCUGUACGAUCCUCAUGAUCGCUUCUCGUCAAUGCGAUCUGCCAGGCUCUGCAGGCGCAACCCGCUCGACCUUCAUUCACGCUCGGCUUUGGCGGCAUAUCGAGCACCUUGUGCAACGAAUAACUUUCGGCUCAGAGAAGUAUAGCACUGCAAAGACCCGCACACUCGGCAGCAUACAAGCACUGCUGCUCAUCAUCGAAUGGCAUCCACGGUUACUGCACUUCCCUCCCGAGAAUGAUGGCUGGGACGCUGGCUUGGCUCCUGAUAUGGAUGACUCCUUCGAACCGCAAGACCGAAGGAGCGAUGCGUCGCGGAGGUGGCGAGAGGAAGUCUUCGAGCCCGCCAAGCGUUCUGAUCGCUUGAGCUGGAUGCUAGUCGGACUGGCAAUCACACUCGCACACGAGCUUGGAGUGUUCGAUUCGUCAGAUGAUCCACCCUCAACUUCGACACAGAUUGAGAUCCAUCGACAGAAGCGUCGAAUUCGCAAACUGCUGUACUUCUAUUCUACCCAGUUAUCACUUCGGCUGGGAUGCACCAACGUGUAUCCACAAGGCGAUCACUCUAGCUUCUCCUCCAGUCCGCCCACCACAUCAUCGGUGCAAGAGCAAGCUGCGUAUGACCGGGAAAGACUCCUUGCAAGCUGGAUAGACAUUACUCGACUACUGAGCACUGCUACCCAGAUGAUAUCUUCCAAACCGACUACGAAAAGGAUGCUUCGCAGCGGCCAGUAUGUCAACCUGCUGGAGCAUUACCAACCAUUACUGGCGAAGUGGCAUAGCGAUUUCAUGAGUGUGGAGCUACCGAUGGUCGCCUCCGCCGCCAAAGAUAUCGUCCUGGUCGAGUACUACUUCACACGUGUGUACGUCAACUCGCUUGCACUACAAGCUUUGAUCGAACGCACGAGCGGUGGGAUGUCUGGCAGCAGCUGGCUCGACCAGGACCUGUUCCGCAAAGAGUACAAACAAGAUUUUCGCUUUAUCAAUGAUGUCCGGGAGUCCAGCGGACACAUUCUAGUAACCGCGAAGAAGCUGUCAGACGAGGGUGUGCUACAGUACUCACCCGUACGGUUCUUCCUCCGCUUGGUAGCCGCAUCGAUCUAUCUUGUGAAGACGCUUAGCCUGGGAACGCGGGAGGCUGACGCCACUAAUUCGCUGAGGCAACUCGAAGCGUGUGUUGAAGCGCUCGCUAAGAACCGUGCCGAUGAUGUACACCUUUCGAGCCGAUACGCUGAGCUAAUGGCUCGCCAUCUUCGCAAAAUACAGCGGAACUUACGGCUGAGCUCUAAUGAUCGUCUGACCGUUCCGAAACGGUUUGAUCGCCGGCCGUGGCAGGAUGCUACCCAGGGUCAACCGUCGCUCGACAAUGCCGACGGGGCGGUGCAGACAGGACAGCGGUACUACGGAGCGAGUAGUCGUGAUGAGGGACAGUCCUCAGCUACCGGUCAUCCAGACAUAUCUUUCUUCCCAGCCGGAAGCGAAGCAGACGCUAUGUGGGAUGGUUGGUUGGCACAGCCUUUCAACGUUUCCAUUGCGCCGUUCGACGUCGAGAUGUUUGAGCCGAAUGCAAGCUUGACAAGCGAAUCUCUUGACUUCCUGUGGAAUAUGCCGCAGUUGUCAGAGGGCUUGUGA